UUAGAUAUACUCGUAGACUGGUUUUGAGUUCUUAAACAUUUGAGGCGUAAUCAACGAAGAGCUGGUCAAAAGCACCUUGGUUGUAAAAUGGCGAGCAGGUUGGGUAGUUUGUUUGUUCGUAGAUUCGCUGCUGCUGCUGAAGGUGGAGGCGAUCAUGCUGGAGGUGCUAGAGUGUGGAAGAUAAUGUCCUUCGUGGUGGCUCUGCCAGGUGUUGUUGUAUGCUGGGCCAAUGCUUUUAUGCAUCAUGAACAUGAAGAAGAACGAAAUGACUUUGUUGCCUUUGAACAUCUUCGAUUAAGAACAAAGAAAUUUCCAUGGGGAGAUGGCAACCAUACUCUGUUUCACAACAAGCACCUGAACGCUCUGCCAGAGGGCUAUGAAGAAAUGGAAGAAGAAUGCGCAUAAAAGAAAAGAUGAGAACACACAUUUUGAUGUGAUUAUCUGGACUGAAUUAACAAGAGAUGAACUUAGAUGGAGUUGAAAUAUUAACAAAACGUGUGUUAUUUGUGUGUAAAACAAAGGAGAUGCUCCAUAAAAGUAGAAAUAAAUUAACGUGAUGUUGUCUUAA